GUGAACCACCGAUGAAACCAGCUUUUGUCCAACUCCUAUGCAACUGCAAAUUUAGCUUCCUCUGGCUCGUCUGGCGCUAUCACGCCAAUUACUGAUACUGACCCCUCGAGCUAUGUUAAUGUCUUCAUUGGCACAACGAACGGAGGCCACGUCUUUCCUGGUGCCACGACGCCUCAUGGCAUGGCGAAACCUGGCAUGGACACAGACUCUCCUGGCAAUCAAGCUGGAUACGACGCAGAUCCCACAUACAAUGCGACUGGGUUUUCUCAGCUGCACGAUAAUGGAACUGGCGGGUCGGCAUCGCUUUCAAACUUCAAACUAUGGCCCUUUGCAACCUGUGAAUCGUUUGCAACCUGUCAGACGUCUCUAGAAUCCCGAAAGGUUCCACGCAAACUACUUGCAGAUGGUUCGCCCGACGACAUUGGUUCACCAGGAUACUUUGCUUCUAAUCUCUCUACCGACAUACGAGUAGAACUUACUUCCACGCGUCGCACUGCUCUACAUCGUUACACGUUCCCAGCAUAUUCCACUGAGCCGCGCAUUGUCAUCGAUAUCACCAAUGACGCGGUAACGAGUAGUACUGAGCCGACGAUGGAAAUCGACCCUACUACUGGACGCGUUACAGGAGGAGCCAGAUUUCAAGCUUCUUUUGGCCCAGGCAGGUACAAUGCAUACACGUGUAUCGACUUCAAAGGCGAAGGAUAUAACUUCACGAGCCCUGCCGAAUAUGGAGUCUGGAUUGGCGAUAACCCUGUGCAAUACAGCACCAACAUUAUUCAAGUAUAUACCGGGUUUAUUUCGGAAACGGGCGGUCUCCUGACGUUCCCGCCUGCCUCCAAUGACUCCAGCCUACCCACCACCAUUCUGGCUCGUGUUGGGGUCUCGUUUAUCUCUCCUGAGCAAGCCUGUGCCAACGCCGAGGACGAAAUUCCUGACUUUGAUUUUGAUGGCACAGUCCAGCAGAGCCGUGCCGCCUGGAAUGAUAUCUUGACUCGCGUGCAAGUAGAUACUACAGGCGUAGAUAACGAAACAGUGUCACUGCUCUAUUCAUCGCUUUAUAGGACGCACAUAGUACCAGCCGAUUAUACCGAUGAGAACCCUAGAUGGAAUUCAACAGAGCCUUACUAUGAUUCGUUUUACUGCAACUGGGAUACAUUCCGUAACUUAUACCCUUUGAUGUCUUUGCAUGACCCUGUAAACUUUGCACGCAUUGUACGAGGCAUGAUAAAUAUCCAACAGCACGAAGGAUGGCUUCCCGAAUGUCGUGGCUCAACAGACCAACAGUGGAUUCAAGGAAGCAGCAAUGCAGAUCCGAUCCUUGGAGAAUUCUGGGUCAAAUUUAGUGAAUAUGCUUCAACUCUCAAUGUCUCAUCGACUGGCCUGUACAACGCACUUUUGGCCGAUGCAGAGGACCAGCCUCCUAAUUGGGAUUUACAGGGACGACAGGCGACUGCUUGGAAGCAAUAUAAUUAUAUCCCACAAGCUAUCUAUCAACCUGGUGGUGCCGACACAAAACAAGUUUCAAGGACUCUUGAGUACGCUUUUGGUGAUUUUGCGAUUUCCCAAGUGUCCAAACUGCUCAACGAAACGGCCGAUGCUACCAAGUAUGUACAACGCGCGGGCAACUUCCGUAAUGUCUGGAACCCCAAUAUCACCCUUCCGGGUUAUCCUGAGGUGACAGGAAUGGUGCAGAAUCGAUUUGUGGAUGGGACCUUUAACUAUACCGAUCCUCGUCACUGCAGCGUCAACGAUCCUACGCAUGCGACGUGCUAUUUGAAUGCUGCAAACAGGGAUGGGUUCUACGAAUCCUCACCCAUGGUGUAUUCGCAAUUCGUUCCUCACGAUACUGCAGCACUUAUUGAGCUUCAAGGAGGAGUUCAAAAAUUCGUCAACCGGCUCAACAUCAUGUUUGAUCAGGGAUACUUUGACGUGACAGACGAACCGUCUAUGCAGAUUCCGUUCAUGUACCAUUACGCUAACGCUCCAGGGCUUAGCACGCAACAGUCUCGUCAAAUCAUCGCCGAAUCAUUUAAUACUACUGUUAGUGGUAUUCCUGGGAACGAUGAUUCUGGUGUCAUGGCGUCCUACGCAUUUUUCUACCUCGCUGGAAUGUAUCCCGUCCCAGCUACCCGCCAAUAUCUCCUCGCCUCUCCGUUCUUCCCACAAAUAUCAUUCUAUAACCCGAUUUUCAACACAACUACGACCAUCAAAUCGAAUGGAUUCCAAGGCAACCCUGCAGAUGGGACUGGAGGAAACGUUUUCGUAAAGAAUGUCACUAUUGACGGACAACCAUGGCAGUCGAACUGUUACCUCGAUUUUGACGUCUUUGUCAAGGGCUCGACAGUGGUUUUGGAGUUGACGAAGGAUAUCAAUGUGACUUGCGGUGCUGGGGCUGAUGCGCUUCCUCCCUCGUUGUCUACUGGAGGAUUUGACUGAUAGUUUGGUGCGAAGCUUUGUAUAUAAGGACUAACGAAGUUGUACGUUGUUUUUCUUUU